GUACCCACACCGUGUGUGUCUGCCUGUCCUGCGGUCACAGUGGGCCCUCCUUCUGCACAGUCGGAACGAGAAAGAGGAGAUGCCAUGACCCCCACCCUCACAGCCCUGCUCUGUCUCGGGCUGAGUGUGGGCCCCAGGACCCGAGCACAGGCAGGGACCCGCCCCAAACCCACCAUCUGGGCUGAGCCGGGCUCUGUGAUGCCCUGGGGGACAUCUGUGACCAUCUGGUGUCAGGGGGGCCUGGAGGCCCAGGAGUACCGCCUGUAUAAAGAGGGAGAGUCAAGGGUCUGGGACAGACAGGAGCCACUGGAGUCCAGGGACAAGGCCAAGUUCUCCAUCACACACAUGACAGAUGUACAUGCAGGAAGAUAUCACUGUAACUAUUUCAGUCCCACUGGCUGGUCAGAGCCCAGUGACCCCCUGGAGCUGGUGGUGGUGACAGGAUUGCUGGACAAACCUCGGCUCUCAGCCCAGCCCAGCCCUGUUGUGACCUCAGGAGGGAAUGUGACCCUCCAGUGUGCCUCACAGAUGAGAUUCCACAGGUUCGUCCUGAUGAGGGAAGGAGAGCGCCAGCCCUCCUGGACCCUGGGCUCCCAGGCAGCCCCCCAUGGGGGGACCCAGGCCCUGUUCCCUGUGGGCCCCAUGACCCCUAGCCUCAGGUGGACGUUCAGAUGCUACGGCUAUUACAGCAACACCCCCCAGAUAUGGUCGGAUCCCAGUGACCCCCUGGAGCUGCUGGUCUCAGGUGUGUCGGGGAAGCCCUCCCUCCUGACCCAGCAGGACACUGUUGUGACCUAUGGACAGAGCCUGACUCUCCAGUGUCGCUCUGAUGUCGGCUACAACAGAUUCGCUCUGUCUAAGGAGGGGGCACCUGACCCUCCCCGGCAGCUUGGCCGGCAGACCCAGGCUGGACUCUCUGGGGCAGACUUCCCUCUGGGCCCUGUGAGAUCCUCCCAUGGGGGCCGGUACAUGUGCUAUGGUGGACACACUCUCUCCUCCGAGUGGUCGGCCCCCAGUGAACCCCUGGACAUCCUGCUCGCAGGACAGCUGCCCUACACACCCUCCCUCUCAGUGCAGCCGGGACCCACGGUGGCCCCAGGAGAGAAUGUGACCCUGCUGUGUCAGUCUCAGAGCUCUAUGGAUACUUUCCUUCUGUCCAAGGAGGGGGCAGCUGAUCCCCCGCUGCGUCUUAGAUCACAGUACAGAGCUGGGCAGCACCAGGCUGAAUUCUCCAUGAGUCCUGUGACCUCAGCCCACGGGGGAACCUACAGGUGCUAUGGCUCUGCCAGCACCUCCCCCUACCUCUUGUCCCAGCCCAGUGACCCCCUGGAGCUCCUGGUCUCAGGACCCUCUAUGGUCCCCAGCCCCCCAACCACAGGGCCAGGCUCAGCAGAUGGUCCCCACUGGUACCUGUACAUCCUCCUCACGGCCGCGGUGGCCUUCGUCCUGCUGCUCAGCCUUCUCGUCCUCCUCCUAGUUCUCCACCAGCGUCGGGUCAAAGGCAGGAAGCCGGGGGCUGCAGACCCGGAGCCCAAGGACAGAGGACUGCACGACAGCUCCAGCCCAGCCCCUGCCGCCCAGGAGGAGAGCCUCUACGCUUCCAUGCAAGACAUUCAGCCUGAGGAGGGGGUGGAGCUGGACCAUCAGCAGAACACACAAGAUGACCCCCAGGGAACAACGUAUGCUCAGGUUACUGCAUCUGACACUCCCCAGGAUGUGACCUACGCCCAGCUGAACUGCUUGACCCUCAGACAGGAGACAAGUGCAUCCCCUCCUUCCCAAUCAGGGAAGCCCCCAGCAGAGCCCAGCGUGUAUGCUGCUUUGGCCAUCCAGUAGCCCUGGAGGGACCCAGACCGCACACUGCAGGGAGGGAGGGACCACAGGGACCCUGGAAGGCACAGGAGCUGCCCAUAGUGGGUGUCACCUAAUGACGACCCCAGCCAGCCUGGACUCUUCACUUGGACCAGUAAGAACUCCUGGGACCUUCUGGGAGUCACUGAUUCUGCCAUCAAAGAUAGUAAUACCCCUACACUUUGGAAAUCAAAGCAACAGACUUCCCAAUUACCCAUGAAUGAAAUGAGAAAAUCCUAAUGGAAAUGAGAGAAUGUUUACACUAAAGGACAGUGUAAAUGUUACACAUCAAAUCUAUGAAAUUGGAAAAUAAGAACCAAGAACCACUCUAUUAGAACAGAAAAAGCCUAAAAUAAUUAAUGACAGAACCUAUUCUAUUGAGAAUUUGGAAAAAGAAUAGCAAGUUAUUCAAACAAAAGUAAAGACAAGAUCUGGCUAGAAAUGAGGACAAAUUUAAAAAUAGAGAAAAAUCAAUGAAGCUGAAAGUGUUCCUUUUUGUAAGCAAUGGUCACAUUUAUAAAUCCUAGCCACAAAACCAAGAAAAGAGAGAGAGAGGGAGGAGGUACACAUCACUAUUAUGAGGAUGGCAUCCCAUACUACAGACUUUAAAUUUAGAAUGGAACAUUAUUAACUUUUAUGCUGAUAUAUGAGACAAUGUAGAUGAAAUGGAUAAAAUUCUUAAAAUAGAAGCUAUUAAAUUGAUGAAAAGUAGUAACUAUGUA